GGCUCCCCAUCUGUAUUCGACAUUUCAUGUCAUGACCCACGGUACACUUUGUCACAAAACGUUAUCCAAUCAAGAGAUUUCAUAUAUCGCAUCCAACGUCCACAGUCAAACUGCCAACACUGACACCGACACCGGAGAAGUACGACCGGGAUGGCCGAAAUUCAUGAUCAAUUCGAUACUAUUCUUAUUCUUGACUUUGGAUCACAGUACAGUCAUCUCAUCACGAGACGAUGUCGCGAGCUCAACGUAUACGCUGAAUUGAUGCCAUGCACAGUUCUUCUCAAAGACAUCCAGUUCAAACCAAAAGGUAUCAUUCUUUCCGGCUCCCCGUACUCUGUUUACGAUGCCGAUGCACCUCAUGUUGACCCCGCCGUCUUCGAGUUGGGGGUCCCGAUCCUCGGUAUAUGUUAUGGACUCCAGGAAAUAGCAUGGAAUCUCAAAGGUCAAGUCACCCAAUGCGACCAUCGCGAGUAUGGUUACGCCACCAUCCAAAUCAGUCGUUUUGGAAACGGAAACGACAACAGCACCGUCGACGCCUUAUUCGAUGGCCUCGGUGACGAAAUGCAGGUCUGGAUGUCGCAUGGAGACCAACUGCAAAGUUUGCCUCCAGAUUUCCAUGUCAUCGGACACACACAAACCGCACCUUUUGCGGCUAUCGCGCACGACUCGAAACCUAUAUACGGGAUCCAGUUUCAUCCAGAGGUGACGCACAGUCUUAAAGGCAGGGAAGUUAUUUCGCGAUUCGUCACCAGCAUCUGUAGAUGUCGUACAAAUUGGACGAUGCAAGAGUUCAUUGGAAAAGAGAUUGCGCGGAUCCGUGAUAUAUGUGGUCCAAAAGGUCGUGUCAUCGGCGCAGUCAGCGGUGGGGUCGACAGUACCGUUGCGGCUAAAUUGAUGCACGAGGCUAUCGGGGACAGAUUCCAGGCCAUAAUGGUCGACAAUGGCGUCCUCCGUCUCAACGAGGCGAAGCAGGUCGAGCGUAUGCUGAAAGAGAACCUCGGCGUCAAUCUCACCGUCGUUGACGCCUCAGAACUCUUCCUAUCUCGCCUUGACGGCGUCGAAGACCCGGAACAAAAACGCAAAAUCAUUGGUAACACCUUCAUCAACGUCUUUGAAGCCGAGGCGUCGAAAAUCGAAGCUGCGGCACAGGAAGAAGAGAAAACAGGAGCUGAAGCAAAAGGAAAGAUCGAGUGGUUGCUACAGGGGACUUUAUACCCAGAUGUGAUUGAGAGUAUCAGUUUCAAGGGACCGAGCGCGACGAUCAAGACGCAUCACAACGUCGGCGGUUUGCUCAAAGAUAUGAAACUCAAACUGAUAGAGCCAUUACGGGAGCUGUUCAAAGACGAAGUACGCGCCCUCGGGCGUCUAUUGACCAUCCCAGAACCCCUCGUCAAACGUCAUCCGUUCCCAGGUCCCGGACUCGCCAUCCGAAUCCUAGGACCUGUCACGCGUGAACAAGUCAAGAUCCUCCAACAAGCGGAUAACAUCUACAUCGAAGAAAUUCGGAAAGCUAAUUUAUAUGAUCAGAUCAGUCAGGCGUUUGCGGUGUUGUUACCUGUGAAGGCCGUCGGGGUCAUGGGGGAUAAGAGGACGUAUGAACAGGUUAUCGCGCUUCGUGCUGUGACGUCGGAGGACUUCAUGACUGCAGAUUGGUACGUCUUCCCAGCCGAGGUCCUGCGCCGUAUAUCCUCCCGUAUUACCAAUGAAGUGAGUGGCAUCAAUCGCGUCACGUACGAUAUUUCUUCAAAGCCACCCGCGACUGUGGAGUGGUUGUAGGGUGGCGCGGAGCAUAGUGUAAGAGAGUACAAACUAUCGUUUAAGGUGUGAUUCGAGGAAUGAGGGCACCAGACAUACGAUUUUUUAGAAGCGUGGGCCUCGUUAUUAUAACUUGCACCACUGUAUAUUCUCACGGAAGCAUGUUUUUUGGGGGGUGUGAA